CUCGCGCGGCCGGUUGGUUUGACAGUCAAAGUUAUGCAAAGUUUUGAGUUGGAUGGCGACCGUGGAUGGAAUUAUCUUGAAUUCAUGGCUUGUUUUGCUCGUCAUAUCACCUAGGAGGUGGCAAUUAUGAAACAGCAAUUAGUCAGGCUCCUAAAUAUUAUGAAUUUACCAAAAAGGUCGGGAGAUAUCUGAAAUAUGGCGUUUAACUGAGGUAUUGGAGGUUAUACUAGGGCUAGAAUAUGGCCCUACUAGCCAACAAGAAAGAACUCCCAAUAAAACACACUCGCAUCGAAGACGAGAAACAAAUUGAAGAUGUUUAUGAAUUCGGACAAGUCUUAGGAAGAGGUAGUUUUGGAGUCGUGAAUGAAGCCAAACACAUCGAAACCGGCACAAGAUGGGCCAUCAAGGCCGUAAAUAAAGAAAAAGCUGGGAGCUCAGCUGUGAAGUUACUUGAACGGGAAGUGAUGAUCAUGAAGAAAAUCUACCAUGAGCAUCUUAUCCAUCUGGAGGAGAUUUAUGAAACUUCUAAGCGGAUGUACCUGGUGAUGGAGCUCUGUGAUGCUGGUGGUUUGGAUAAGAUGUUAGAAAGGAAGAAAAGAUUUACCGAAAAGGAGACAUGGACUGUUAUCAAGCAACUUGUCAGUGCAGUGGCAUACUUACAUGAUCUAGAUAUUGUUCACCGAGAUCUGAAGUUGGAGAAUAUUCUUCUCAGUCAUCCAACUGGAAAUGAGCUUCUAAAUGUUAAGAUCACAGACUUUGGCUUGUCCAUAGUCAAGGGUGGGGUUGGAAGUGACUCCAUGAUGCAGAGCGUCUGUGGGACACCUAUGUACAUGGCUCCUGAAGUGAUAGAUGACCUUGGGUAUAGUCAGCAGUGUGACAUCUGGAGUAUAGGAGUCAUUAUGUAUACACUAUUCACUGGUAGACCGCCAUUUAUGGCUGAUACCGAAGAGAAACUGUAUGAAAUAAUCAAAAAAGGCAUUGUAGACUUCUCAGACCCUUGCUGGGAAGUGUGCCAUGAAUCAGCCAAGAACCUGUUACUUGGUAUGCUUAAGGUUGAUCCUGCUCAUCGGCGGACGGCAAAGGAGGUUCUCAUUCACCCAUGGAUCACGGGUGACUCUGAAGCUUCAGAGCCGUCAAAUGUUUUAGAGCUGAUGAAAAUGUACAGAGAAGAAUUAAAACAGGGAAAUGGCUCAGGAGAGAGUAAUAAUAAUAGCAUGGAAGAUGGCUACAUCUCAUCUGAAACACCCCCUGACAACAAAGAGGAGACAGAUAAAAAAGUUACCAAUAGCCCCACCAGAACAAGAAGUGCUGCCACACCUAAAAAGUCACUCGUCGCGUCAAGUACCACGAGGAAAACUAGUUCCUCGCAAACUCCCAAGAAAUCUGUCAAUAUGCCCAGUCCUAUGCCAGCCUCGCGAGAGUCGCACAGCCCAAACCGAGCCAAAGACGCGGCCAAAGCUAGCACUUCCGGCGCAGUGCCCAGUUACAUGCAGCCAACACGCAGUUCCCAGGGUCUAACGACACCAAAAACCACAGGCACUCCAAGAACGCGCAAAUUGCCGGAUAAGAAGAGGUGACCAAGAUGAACGCGGGCUCAAGUUGUGAUCGCUAGCAAAGAUAGUUUAUGUUGGCCUCAGGGGUUGAAUGGUCAAUUAUUAUUUAUGGAGAUUUAUAGCGUUUCACCGUAAGCACUUGUCACGACAAACUAUUAGACAACCAGAAAAAAACACGAGGGAAAAUUAGACUUUAGACGAGCUGCAUCGUUGUUGAUUACCGGUGCCGGGCCACAGGCUUUCUCAUGCGAAACAGCGGGAGGGUCUGGGGUCGAGAAUGGAGUCAUUGUCAUAGCUAGCUCGGAUAUUACCUUACCUUCAAGCUGACAGCCUUGUUGCUUUUCUGCUUCGAGUUUUACUGGCAUUUUAAGCUGGUGGAUUAACAUCAAGACCAGCAAUCCAAUUACAUUUUUUUCUGUUUUCUGAAUUCUACUGCGCAGAGGUAUAAACAGCAACUAAAUGAUUAUAGCCCAGUUUGAUACCUCUUCGCUGACCAGCAGCACAAAUACACAAAUUUAAUCGAUUCCUAGCUAAAUUCUCAAAUCUCGAACAAAAGAACGUUGUUUUCCUUGCCUUUGUCCAAGGGUCUCAACUUUUUUCUUGGGUUUGCCAAUUCAUACGAUGAAAGCAUAUCAUAGAAAUCUUUAAAAGAGAAUCCAUUAGAACAUCUCGCAGCCCAUUGCCAAAAUCAUGUACCAAGUUUGGAUAUGGGUUAAAAUUGAAUCAAUACUGUUUGCACAGCCAUGAAAAACAUUGUUAAAAAGUGCCUUUUGGAAAAUUCAAAAUCAAUUUAAAUAGCUUUGGAUAAAGUUAUUUUAAUGGAAGCAUGACAUGGUAAUUGACACAGUUUUUAAGACACCAAAACUAUUUCCUGGUCCAUGAUUUUUUUACGACCAUUGAUAAAAAUUGCUCGAUAUUCUAAUGGAAUCCUUACUUUAGUGAGAACCUAGUGUUCACAUAAACUGAAUAUGGGAUGGAACUCCAUGGUGUUUUUUUCUGAAACUUUAACGUAGAGUUUGUAGAAUAACCCCAUCUUUCAGUGCCGUUUUAAGACUAGUUUGUGGGACGUUUUGUGAUCAGUGAAUCAUCACUAACUGUUCGUGAUUUUGCUGCCGGAUGGAUACGUGAGAAGCAUUGUCUUCUUCCCUUGUCUGGUGACUGUCACCUCUCACCUUGAAUAAAUGCAUUCACACGACUGA